AUGGGCCAAAAUAAUAUCAAAAGAAUAAUUUCCCUGUUGGAAAAGGCAAAUGAUGAAAAAUGGAACGAUGUCGACUUGUACAGCGAAUUGUCAUCCUUGGGUAGGAGCCUGCACAGGCAAGAGGACUUCUCCUUAUCUAAAAGGGUCUUAGACGAUGAAAAAUAUGUCAAAAUGUUUUUCCAUUUUUUGAUGAACACGUUGGAAAAAUUGAUACUAAAGAGUUCCAAGGGAUUCAUAGAUGAUUGCAAAGCAUGUGUAAACAUAUGCCUUCUGCUGCUCCCAGUGUUACAAUAUAACUGCCACAAAAAGGAAGUUUUCGAUUUACUCUGGAGAAAAAAUCGUGUAGAAUGCCCCGUCCAACCCAACUACGCAUGCACGAGCAAUGUGUUAAUUCUCCACCUGUACAACUUUUUCCUUCUCGCUUUAUUCACGGAAGGUCUAUGUAUUCAUGGAGGAGGAAGAGACGACACCACUCCCGUCAUAGACCAAACUAAAGGUGAGAGGGGCGCUGACAAUUCGGACGACCUGGAAGAUUCUCAUCAACUGGAGGAAAAGUUCCACGCUAUAAAUACAGUGGAUGUAAAAAAACUAUGGUUACAUAAGUUUUCCAUUCAUCAGAGGGUCAAAUAUGCAAGGAGUGGACAAAGCGAGCUAGGAAACGAAAAGUGUGAACAUGAUGAUAAGCAUGUAGAUGGGAAAGAACAAGGAAGUUCUGCACUGGUUGGAAGCAAGGAAGAGGGUGAUAGCGUUAGCGGUUUCGACGAUGGAAGUUACGCCAAACUGGGCCCCAAGUGCUCAGAUGUCAAUGACAGCGGAAAUGCUAGUACCAUUUCCCCGGGGGAAGAGAACACAAAUUAUGAAAUAUCGAACGGUGAAAUUUGUUUAAAAUGCCAGAAGGCAGACGAGAUGACAACGAUCCAUUUAAAGAGAAACCUAAGGAACGUCGAUGUAGCACCUACACACAGUAAUGAUAUCAACCUAGAAUUAAUAAAGAACAGAAGUGCCAUCCUGAAGUGCCUCCUAAUCCUUUUAAGUUCUUAUUUAUAUUGGGACCAAAGCAAGUACCUAAAAGAGAAGAAUUUUUUUCUUUUUCUCUUUACAAGUGGGGAAAUUUACUACACUGCGAAUUUCUUCUUCUCCCUUUUGACCGUCAUAUAUGACAAUGAAUUUAAUUAUUUUAGUUUUUAUUUUUAUGAUAACAGCUAUUUAGAGUUUUACAAUUUGUGCAUUCACAUUUUUAACUUGCUGAUUGAUUUUAGUCCGUUCGUUUUGGAGGACGACAAGAGGGUGCACUACCUGAGUGGCGCGGCCAGGUACUUCUACAGCGUCGCGGAAGGGGGGGAAGCACAUAUAGGAGAAGCACAUAUAGGAGAAGCACAUAUAGGAGAAGCACACAUAGGAGAAGCACAUAUAGGAGAAGCACAUAUAGGAGAAGCACACAUAGGAGAAGCACAUAUAGGAGAAGUACGCAUAGGAGAGGAAGGCGGGGGGGAUGCCUCCCUCCAAAGUAGCAGCACCAUCCAGUCGAUGAACCAAAGCGGAAAUGAGGCGAUCAAGUGGGACGACACGCUGGUAACGCAUGGCGAAAGCGAGGAGGAGGACAAGUCAGACACGGAUAAAAGCACAAAGGGUGAGGAGCACUCGCUCGACAAGGACGAACAAAGAAGCAACGAAAAGGUCGAGAAUUUACAUGCCGAUUUGUUCAUCCUUGAUGAUUCCUCGGAGGGGUCAUGGAACUCAUCAAGCACGUGUACAGACGCAGAGCACAAUGGCUACCUGAACAAUAGUGAAAAAAAAAAAAAAAAAAAAAAAAAAAAAUUUCCACAACUCGAGCACCUUAUGAAGAAGCGAAAUUUUUACUUAAACGAAAUUAAUCCAAAGGGGAAGGACACGAACGAAGACUAUUACUACGAUUACAUAAAAAAGCAAAAGGAGUUUAAAAAACUGCGCUCCAAUAAUGUGUACCAAGAAAUGCUGCGUAAGUUGGACGUAAACGAUAUUUCGUACAUUUACAAAGGAGCCCUAAACAUACUGAUAAGUUACAAGCUGUACUACGAACAUUAUGAGGAGCAAAUUUUGUUUCUUCACAAUUAUUUGUGUCUGCUAUGGCACCUGAUGGAUAACAAUCGGCUAUUUAUUAGGUACAUGAAAAACCACAAUAGCAGCUUGUUUCUCUUUUACAUUCUAUACAUACUGGUCUGCUUUAAUCACCAUCGGAAGCGAGAGAUGCAGGCUCUAGCCGACCUGCGCAAACGCGACAAGGCGGCCGGUAUCACUGUUAGCACCAACGUGGAUACAGCCACUGAUACCACCACUAAUAUAAGCAACCCGUCCAACACAAACAACUACGAUGAGCAACCGCGCGUCUACCAGAACGGCAACUUCAACCAGUCGGGCAAGUGCGACGAGUUCAACGUGCGCAAAAUAGACGGUCUAAUUUACAUUUGCCUUUUCAUAAUCCUGAAGGUUUCAUCCAACGCGACCAUUUGCAAAAACCUCAACCAAAAAUAUGACCAGAAAAUUAAGGUGAAGUUCCCGCUGAGAAACGUCUACCAGUUUGAUUCUUACGUGGAUUUCCUAGUGUACACCUUAUGCAUGCUAAUCAAUGACAAUAUAUUUUUUUUGAAGUUCGAACGAAUUAUUGAUAUGUCCAUUACCAUCCUGACAAAUGUGAGCGUUUACAUCAAGUCCAUGAACACAUACUCUUGCGAGAGCAUAAUUAAUAUUUUAAAAAAAGUUUUAAAAAAGGAAUGGCUCCUCUCAUCCCAACAUCAUUACUAUUCACUUUUCCUUAUGCUGGAUUUUAUAAACAACAUUUUAUCUCACAACUUAAAUGAUAACUACAAUUUAAUUUACAUGAUAAUAAAGAACAAGGACGUCUUUUUCUCCAUUCACAACUUGGACCAGAUGCUAAAGGAUAACUGCCUUUCUGUCUCUACCCACCCUACCGAUCACUGGGUACCCACCGAAAAUUGGCUAAUCAACUGGAAGAACAAACUACCCCUGCAGUUCAUCGACAGCAUAAUUUAUGACUUGGCCAAUCUGAUCGAAGAAGAAUGUGAUGAGAAGGAAAUACUGGACUACAACGAUGUGGUGAAUUUAAUUAAAAACCACUGUUCGACCAUAAAAAAUAACAAAAUUCCUUUCAUCAUAAGGAAGUACGAGAAGAACAUUCUUCUCUCCAAGUGGGUAACCAAUUACAUGUACUUUCUCUUGUUCUCCCACAUGUACAAGGAAAAUCUGUUUCUAAAUGGGGGCAUUAAGUUUAUAUUUUAG